AUGAAGCUCAUGAGAGAGAUGCAGAAGCAGAUCCGCGAGUCCAAAAAUCUAGUCGUUGUGGGUGGAGGUGCUGCAGGCGUUGAGCUAGCUACGGAUGCGAAGUCGAAGUACCCAGAUAAGCAGGUUACCUUAGUACAUUCAAGGGACUCGGUGAUGCAUCGGUUUGGGCCGAAGUUGCAAGCAACCGCGACAGAUGGUAUCAAGGAACUAGGCAUCGAGCUUAUUACUGGGGACAGGGUGGUCAGCGAGGACAAGGAGAAGGGCAUUGCCGUCUUAAGGAGUGGGAAAGAGAUUGCAUGCGAUUACCUGUCCAUGGUUGUUGCUUUUAAUGUGUUAUCUGGUACAGAAGGCAAGAAGCCCAAGGUGAAAUAUGUGCCGCAUUGGCUUGACGGCGUAAUCAAGUUGACUUUAGGACUCGAUAAAUCGGUUUCCAAUGUCGGCGAUGGGAAGACCGAGUUCUUAUUCCCAGCAAAGGAGAAAAACGAGGCUCUCAUGGCUGGGGGGCCUGGCAUAGGUUAG